AUGGAUAAUUGCAAGGCUAUGUCUACUCCAAUGGGAUCCGGAACUUAUGUUGGUCAAGAUGAAUCGGGUGUCUCAAUUGAUAUCACAAAGUAUCGAGGUAUGAUUGGUUCAUUGUUAUAUUUGACGACAAGUUAUCCUGACAUAAUGUUUAAUGUUUGUCUUUGUGCACGCUUUCAAGCAAAUCCGAAGGAAUCCCAUCUCACCGCAGUCAAAAGGAUCAUGAAGUACCUUAAAGGAACAACGAAUGUCAUCCUAUGGUAUCCUAAAGGUAGUAUUUGUGAUUUAAUUGGUUAUUCUAAUGUGGACUACGCAGGAAGUAAAAUUGAUAGAAAAAGAACUAGUGGUACAUGUCACAUUCUUGGAAAUGCAUUAGUAUCUUGGGCUUGCAAGAAACAAGCAUGUGUUGCUCUUAGUACAGCCGAAGCAGAGUACAUAACAGCCGUUACAUCAUUGCGAAAAUCACUUCUUGGUUACGUUUUUCGCUUCUACGCAUGGAUGUAA